AUGGCUCUGAAGUGUACACUUUUGUUUCUGGCUUGCUUGCUGGCCUACGUGGCAGCUGAGGAGUACGAGUUCGAUGGGAACAAGGUGCGUCCGCUUGGUGGCAACGGAUUGCCGGAAGGAGGCCGCAAAAUCGAACUUAAAUACACCGACGAUCCAGCACAAGGAGGUCGUCAAUCGAGUGUUCGAUUUGAUCAGAAUAUUUACAAAACCCAAGAUGGACGCGGCACCAUAGAUGUCUACGCUCAGGGCAGAAAAAUGUACGACUGGGAUCGCAAAGACUUUGGCGGUGGCGUUGAGGGAAGGUGGUUCUUCGGAUAG